CUCACGCUCCCAACUCCUCCCUCCAUUCACGUCCACUUAACCAUGCCCCCACCUCCCCUGGUCUACAAGAGUAACAGAAGAAUUUUCCGAGUGGAGUUUAAUGCAGAUGACUUAACUGGUUUACUUUAAUUUGUCGUCUGGAAUUUCCAGAAAACAAUUACUUUUUUCCUUUCUGUCUUUACCACUUUACCAACUGUCAAUACAUUUAUAAAGCAUAAAUUAUUAUAGUAUCAAAAUGAAUACAUGAAGUAAUGCAAAAUACAUUGGUGAUCUUUUUGUGUUAUAUCCUGUUGAUGUGCAUGUUUUGACACCAUGGUGUUUUUUCCACAUAAGAAACCACAGACUUCUGCUUCAUUUAUUACCUGCUACACCCUGUUACAUGACAGCUCUAAACAUGCAGCAGCUCAACUCAUCCAACAGCUCGCUCAUCGCUCCUGUCUCUACUGAGAACAGAAUUGCAAGUGGUGUGCUGGCAGUUUGCUUCAUUUUGGGAGUCCCUGGUAAUAUUGCUGUAAUGGUACGUCUGUCUGGAUGGCUGAAGAGAGGCAGUUUCACCCCGAGACUGAUGCUAAGCCUGGCCAUAUCAGAUCUACUCACUCUGAUUUCUCUGCCGAUUUGGAUUUGGGAUUUUUUGCAUGGCUGGGUGUUUGGCUUGGUCUUGUGUAAGCUUCUCUCUUACAUGGUCUACUUAAGCCUCUACUGCAGCAUACUGUGUGUGGUGUUGAUGAGCAUGCAGCGAUACAUCCAAGUGCUGCAUCCAGAGAAAUGGAAGAAGCUUGGCAAAAAAGGAAAGAAGAUCCUUUUGAGUGGGAUGUGGAUGUUAAGUGCAGUUUUAUCAAGCUAUGCUCUUGUACAGCGCAAUCUAAGCUUGGACAGAGAAGGACGUCUUCAGUGCAGGCUAAGCUAUCGGUAUGAUGUUGAAAGAGUGGCUACUUUAAUCUGGGAGAUGAUAAUAUUUGUGGCUUCAUUCACCUUAGUAUCUUAUUUCUACUUUCAUCUGUACAGAGGAGUUAAUAACUCAGCUUUCUUUAGCAGUAACUCAUUGACAAAGCUGGUGACCAGAAUUGUUGUGUGUUUCUUCAUUUUUUGGAUCCCAUUUCACAUCAAAAACACUCUGCUCAUCAUUGCGGUGUUGAUUGGGAAUGACAGUCUUUUAAGAUCUGCAGAAUCUGGAGACAAUAUCACUGCAGCUCUGACUCAUUAACAGUUGUGUGAACCCCUUCCUGUAUGCUUUUUCUGCUCGGGCUCUACGUCAAAACUCAGACAAUGAUGAAGAGGUUUGAGAGAGGUUAUGGAUUUACCCUGAAAGCCAGUUAUUGUACAAAUAUCCAUUUAGACCUAAACCCACUUCUGCUUAAUAUUUUAGCCAGUUUGAAUGAAUUUUUUGUGUCUUUUAUUAAUUAUAUUGUUUGCAGAUUAAAGAAAGGAAAUAUCUUACUGUGCCAUGUACUGUAACUGUAAUACAAGCCCUUUCUCAGAUGAUUAUGCUUAAUAUUGAUGAUCUGUAACAGCUUUAUAAAAAGUGAAUGGUCUAUUCAAUUCUGAGUUACUAUUUAUUCAUACUUUUCCAAGUCUGCACUGUAAAUGUUAAAUUUAUUUUAGACGGAUUACUUUAUCUCCCUUUAAUAGACAGUGAGGCCUUUGUGGUUUUGAUGCUUAAAAAAACAUUCUUCUCCUUUUUUUAAGAUGUGCUGUCUGUCUUUUUGACUAAAGCAGUUCUUGUAACUUAGAAAUGCUUUUCCUUACACUGAAACCACAGUCAUGCUUCCCUUUUUCAGUCAGAUUUAAAACUAAAAAAAAGAAAGCCUUUGAGUACAGUAUCACCAACCCAUAUCCGUUUGGUUACAUGAAACGUUGUGUAUCUGUUAUCCAUGUGAUCGUGUUCAUUAACCUGUUAAUCUCUAAAUUGUAUCAGACAUAAUCUUGUAUUAGAGAUAAGAGGGGUACAUUUUAAAUAAGAUGAUCUGUUAACAUGGUGAAAUUUAAAAAUAAAAAAAAUAAAAA